CCAAUAAACAGAGAGAAAGGAAAGGCGCAUGUUUAGAUGGACAAGACAAGAAUAAUAAGAAAGAGAGAGAGAGAAAGAGUGGCGGUUGCAACGGCCAGGCCAGGCCACCCUCCACCUCAACACAUCUGGUUCCAAAUUUUGCAAGUCAAUGUGAUCAAUCAUUCAUUCCCUCCCCUUCCUUCCUUGCCACUUCUCUCUCUUCUUUCUCUUCCAAACACCCCAACUUUCUCUCCAUUUUCUUUGGGAAAAAGAAAAAGAAAAAACCAAAAAAGGAAAAAUACCCAGAAAAACCUGUGAUUUGCCCACCUCGAAUUCGCCUGCAUCACCAUCGUUUCCACCUCCAAUUUUGUGUUUUUUUUUUCUGGGUGCCCAAACGGUGGUGCUUGCUGGGCAAUGAGAUGCAGCAUAAUAUAUUUACAACAAUGCGUAGCUUGAAGAUCAUGGAUGGGUGUAAGGGAACUCAAGUUUUCGCGCUUAAUCCUUCCGGAGACACCGCCGCCGCCGGAAACGGCGGUGGUGCUGGGGGUGUGGGGGACAAGCUUCUUCACCAUUUCCGGGUCAACUCUAUUCGAUCCAGAUCGAGUCGGGGCAGUUUUCAGGCUCCGAACCCGACCGCCAACAAUGUUUUGCUCGAGACUCUUCUUCCAUAUGGUCUUCCGGUGUCGGAUCUACUCGAGCCCCAAAUCGAACCUUCCCUCAAAUCGGUCGAUUUUGUCGAAACCCUAGCUGAUGUGUACCGUAGGAUUGAGAUUUGCCCCCAAUUCGAGAAGUGGAAGAUGUAUUUGGAGCAAUGUGCGACAUUUCGGGGUCUGUCGGAUCCAAAACUGUUCCGGCGGAGCCUCAGGUCAGCGAGGCAACACGCGGUGGAUGUGCACUCGAAGGUGGUGCUAGCGGCGUGGUUGAGGUAUGAGAGGAGAGAGGAUGAGCUUAUUGGGUCGUCAUCAAUGGAUUGUUGUGGUAGAAAUGUUGAAUGUCCGAAGGCUAGUUUGGUUUCCGGGUAUGAUCCCGAGUCUGUUUUUGAGUCUUGUAUGUGUUCUAGGACGCUGCGGGGGGAGGAGGACGAUGAUGAUCUUGUGAUGGGGGAUGAGGUAUGUUCCACUUCCGAGGAGGAUGGUGAUAUUUCAUUUUGUAUUGGAGAUGCUGAGAUUAGGUGUGUUAGAUACAACAUUGCCUCGCUUUCUAGGCCUUUCAAUGCAAUGUUGUAUGGUAACUUCACGGAGACGCGAAGGGAGAAGAUAAAUUUCACACAGAAUGGGAUAUCUGUGGAGGCAAUGAGGGCAGUCGAGAUUUUUAGCAGGAUAAAAAGAGUAGAUUCUUUUGAAGUGAGAACUGUUUUGGACCUGCUAUCCUUUGCAAACAGGUUUUGUUGCGAUGAGUUGAAGUCGGUGUGUGAUUCUCAUUUGGCAUCUUUGGUUUGUGAACUGGAAGAUGCAAUGCUGCUGAUUGACUAUGGAUUGGAGGAGACUGCUCAUCUUCUAGUGGCAGCUUGUUUGCAGGUGUUUUUGAGGGAGCUACCGAGUUCAUUGCAUAAUCCUCAUAUGAUGAGAUUAUUUUGUACUUCAGAAGCUAGGCAAAGGUUGGCUAUGUCUGGGCACUCUUCUUUUGUUUUGUAUUAUUUGUUGAGCCAGAUUGCUAUUGAGGAAGACAUGAGAUCGAACACAACAGUGAUGCUUCUAGAGAGGCUGGCAGAGUGUGCCACCGAAAUUUGGCAGAAGCAACUUGCAUUUCACCUGUUAGGUGUUGUGAUGCUUGAGAGGAAAGAAUUUAAAGAUGCUCAGUGGUGGUUUGAAGAAGCAGUAGAGGUUGGUCAUAUUUAUUCCUUGGUGGGCAUUGCGAGGGCCAAGUUCAAGCGUGGCCAUAAGUAUGCAGCUUACAAGCAAAUGAACUCUCUCAUUUCUGAUUAUACACCGGUUGGGUGGAUGUAUCAGGAGCGAUCUCUGUAUUGUAUUGGAAAGGAAAAGAUGAUGGAUUUGAGCACAGCAACUCACUUGGAUCCAACUCUAUCUUAUCCAUACAAGUAUAGGGCUGUUUCUUUGUUGGAGGAGAACCAGUUUGAAGCAGCUAUCACAGAGAUUAAUAAGAUAAUUAGUUUCAAGGUCUCUCCUGAUUGUCUUGAAUUGCGGGCUUGGUUUUCAAUUGCCCUUGAAGAUUUUGAAGGAGCUCUCAGAGAUGUCCGGGCACUCUUGACUUUGGACCCAAAUUACAUGAUGUUUCAUGGGAAAAUGCAUGGUGACCAUCUGGUAGAGCUGCUCCACCCUCUUGUUCAACAGUGGAGUCAGGCUGAUUGUUGGAUGCAACUGUAUGAUCGAUGGUCCUCUGUUGAUGAUAUUGGUUCUCUAGCUGUUGUACAUCAUAUGUUGGCAAAUGACCCUGGGAAGAGCCUUCUACACUUUAGGCAGUCUCUCCUUCUGUUGCGGUUAAAUUGUCAAAAGGCUGCUAUGCAUAGUCUUCGGUUGGCUCGGAAUCAUUCUAGUUCUGAGCAUGAGCGGCUUGUCUAUGAAGGAUGGAUCUUGUAUGACACUGGCCAUCGUGAAGAAGCAUUGGCAAAGGCAGAGGAGUCCAUUGCUAUCCAGAGAUCAUUUGAAGCAUUUUUCCUUAAAGCAUAUGCUUUAGCAGACUCAAGUCUUGAUUCUGAGUCUUCAACAUACGUGAUCCAGCUUCUAGAGGAAGCGCUUAGAUGCCCUUCGGAUGGUCUUAGAAAAGGACAAGCUCUAAAUAAUUUAGGAAGCGUCUAUGUAGACUCUGAUAAGCUGGAUCUUGCUGCCGACUGCUAUACAAAUGCACUCAACAUUAAGCAUACGAGAGCACAUCAGGGUCUAGCACGAGUAUAUCAUCUUAAAAAUCAACGCAAGGCUGCAUAUGAUGAGAUGACAAAGCUGAUAGAGAAGGCUCGAAACAAUGCAUCAGCUUAUGAAAAACGUUCAGAAUACUGUGACCGCGAUAUGGCAAAGAGUGAUCUAAGUAUGGCAACACAACUAGAUCCCCUGAGGACAUAUCCGUACAGAUAUAGGGCAGCAGUUUUGAUGGAUGACCACAAAGAAGGAGAAGCCAUUGAAGAGCUAACAAAGGCCAUAACUUUCAAGCCAGACCUGCAGCUGCUACAUCUUCGAGCAGCAUUCCACGAGUCAAUGGGUGACUUUGUCUCCACGGUGCGAGACUGUGAAGCAGCCCUGUGUCUUGAUCCCAACCAUGCUGACACUCAUGACCUCUAUGCUAAAGCACGGGAACGUGUCAAUGAACAACAGAAGUGAGAAAACCAUAGAGAGAUUAUUCUUUACCGUCUGGGGGGGCAAUCAUGCUGCUGCUACCUGAUUGGUUUAACAUGGGAAUGGCCAGCAAUUGUCAGCAUAGGCGAUCCAUUGGAUUUUGUCUUUGGAAACGUACAAUUGUAGAUUCCCAUGGCCUUCAAAAAGGGUACGAAAAGCGGAAGUAAGGAGAGAAUUUGGAUUCAUAAAGGAGGAGAGUAGAGAGGAGCAAGAUAGCAUGUAAAUAUAUCAACUGUUUAUUGAUUGGAUCAACUUAUUGAGUAGAGCAGAGACCUGCUGCUGCUGCUGUCUGAUAUACUACUCCAGCAAAGACGGGAGCAGAAGUAACCGAAGGCAAAAAAGUAUCUUGUACAUGAUCAUGUAAGCUUGUGAUGUGUGUCUGUCCAAUUUAGAUGUGUCUACCCUUUGUUUUUGCCAAGUGGUUUGGGAUGUGUUGUAAUCUUGUCGUUCUGUUCUCUCAUUUGUUGUAUCAGCUUCACGGGUUUCAUUAAGAACCGGCACAAAAUUGAUUUAUUUCUAAAGAGGCUUAUUGGUACCAAA